UGGAUUUACCUCAAUCGUCGAGCACGUGUAUUGGAUACCACCAAUUCUGAAGCCGGUUAUAAACAUAUCAAUUCUGAACGUGAAUAUACUCCAUUAACCUUUGAUUUACGUACUUUUGAUGAUAUACAUAAUUAUUGGACGACACUCCAACGAAUAUGCGUUUAUACAAAACUUGGUUUUCGAAGCAGAAGUCAUGGUAGAACUGAAAGAAUAAAAGAACUUAACUUUCUUAAUUCAGUCGAUUUCGACGAAGCACCUUUACAUGAUUCCGGCUAUCAACCUGGAGAUGGUUUAGGUGCUGCAGGACUUUCAACAAAUUUAUUUGCACACACCUUCCGCAAUUGGUCAUGGUAUGUGCACAGCAGUAAUAAAACUACACUGAAAAAUGUUAGAACCGGUCGUCCAGUCAGUUCAGGACUUCGUGGUACUAGUAAAGUAGUUCGAGUUAUAUCACGUAAAUCGCGACAACCUCAAGCAUUAGCAACAAUUAAACGUAUGGCCACACAAUUUUCGACUUCCAAUACUAAACGCCUUAAAAAGACCGCUCCCAGAGAUGCAGUUGAUCGUGAUGCCUUAAAAAAUAUGAGAACGUUGCGGGUAUCCUGGAGUAAGGCAGAAGAUGAAAUGCUUAUGAUUGGUAAGGCAGCAUCGGUAUAUGUUGCGGCACCUGUACCAGCCCUGGGUCUCUUAACUAUUGGUAAAUCAUGCCGCGAUGCAAUACGGCAUAGCUUAGGUAUUUUCAAUAAAACAACUCAGGCAUGUUGUAGAAGAUUGCAAUUUAUGGUACGUCAAAAGAGACACAUACCACAGGUACCAACCUGGCUGCAUAUGUUGCAAACUGACGAGUAUUUGCAGAAAAAAUAUGGCGAUAACUUUUUGCAAAGAUUAAAAAAGACAUAUACAAGUCGCGCAGAAUUCUGUGACGCAUUAGCAGUGCAUUAUACCCUUAUUAUGUGCUAUUUGUUUAAACUCGUGCAUAAUGCGUACGAUAGUAAAACAAAGUCUCGGUUUAUUUUACCAGACUCUAUACAAGAGUUUCACAAACGUUUUCUCGAACGUAUGCCAGUGCCAACCGAUGAAGAUUGCAUACUUUAUAAAAACCCCGAUACAGAUUUUGAUCUUCAAACAAUUGUAGUUGAAAGCGUUCUGCACAGUAGUUUGUGUACUAUGCGUGACAAGACAUUGUAUAAUUUACAAGCAUUCGAAAUAUAUAAAAACUAUUCGGAGGAAGUCUUAGAAGCUGCUUUCUCUAAAGCUCGUGCAGAUGGCUUAGCAGUUGCCAUAAAACGUAAAAAUAUGAGUCUUCUUCCUAAUCAUUUAUCUGGUCCUGCGUAUGUUCUCUCAUCAAAGUAUAAACUUAAAUUACUAUUUUUGCGAAUUCCAUAUGGAAUAUAUGACGCAUUUUAUAAUUAUUUCGAGGCUUGUUUAAGAGUUUUCUUUCAAACAGACAAAAGUAUCAGGGAAACAAGCGCUUUUGUUGAACAAAUGGAAUUAAAAUCGCCAACUCCAGGUCAAAUGUUUGUUAUUGGCGAAGGUUUGUCGCGUAACAUAUGGACAGUCAGUGUGAAAUUACCUAUAAAUAUUUUGACCGUCGAUGCUGAACAAAACCAAACAAAUGUAUCAUCUAUGGAUCGCAUAUUAGAUCAUUACCAGAGUAUUUUUGAUAAUGCGCCCCAACAAGAAUAUACAAAAACUAUAGAAAGCGGCCAGAAUGAUAAACAGGCUCGUGUCAAAUUCCAUCCGGCAAAUCUUAGUUACAAAAUUCAGUAUACACCCUAUGAUUUUAUAUCAAAAUUACCAUCUAGAUAUCUACAUUUCUUUUGUGCGUUAGAUUUUCUAGAAAACGAGAUUGAGAUAAAUUUUUCAAAGCUUCAACGUAAAGAUGAUGAUGGUAAAAUUGUAAUUGAAUGUCCUUUCAAGUGUAUUUUUAAAAAUGAGGAUUAUGUUGCUGAAAUUGAACGUAUUGUGGAAGAAAAGAAGGAUAUAUUUAACACUUUAACAGAAAUGGCACCACAAAAACUCCUUAAUCUGGCAACAAGUGGGCUAUCGAUGAAAGUCUCUAACUCUAAUAUAUUAACACUGGUCCGCAUGCUGGAGUCUUACUGGCAUGAAAAAGAAUCUCAAUAUGAAUGUAAAGAUCUAGGCAAAUACCAGAAUAAUUUGAAAUGUCAAAAAUCUAUAGAUUGGUGUCAGCUGUGCAGUGAUGUAAUCACGUUUAAUGCCAACUCUGAUGAUUUUGAUAAAACAGAGGAAUACGAACCAACACUAAACAAAGAAGAACGUGUCAUUAGAGCCCAAGAUGUUUUUGUAGUAAAUCUUCCAACAAUACAAAUUAAUGUUAAUGAUGUUCUUAAAAAUGAUAGGGAUACAACAUGUCAUAAGAAAGAGUUAAAUAUUCCGAAAAAAAUAUUGGAGGCUGAACUUCAAAGAGAAAUCAUUUUGAAAAAAGUUCUUGAAGAUUCACUGUGGAAAUAUACAGACAACUGUUUGGAUAACGUUAAACAAAAGCGACAUGAUCUGGGCUUUAAUGAGAUGGAACAAAAACAUUUAGAAGAAAUUCACAACUUUAUAGAAAGACACACGUUAGGUGUAUCCAUAUCACAUCUUAUGGCCGAGUUUUCAUAUGAAAACUUUCUUUUCAAAGCAAUUAAUAUAUUAUCGUCUGAAUUCUUAAUAAAACGAGUUGGCAUUUCUUCUUUUAUGUACGUACAUAAGAAUCAUAUACGUUCUUGGGUUGUUCAUACUUUUAACUUGAAAAGAUUGGACCGGGAAAAUAUAGGUGGGUCAACUUCUGCUAUUAAAAGGUCAUGUAACCAAGAAGAGUAUACAAUCUCGGAGGAAAGGGGCGAAAUAAAAGCAAAACGAUCCAAAACUUCUAUCGAAGACGUACAAUCUGAAGAACGAAUCAAACGUACGCCUAAACCAGUUAGACGUUUUGAUGCUACUCAAUUGGAAAAUGAGAAUUCCAGUACUAAUCUUAAAGAAAGGGAUGUUAUUGCCAUGAAACCCGUUCCAUGGAUAAGACUAAAUGGGUCCAUUAAUCGCCGAGUCCUAGAUAGAUGGUUGGGAUCUCUAUUAUCCGAAUGUAUUGCGAGUAAUGGCUGCAGUGCUUUCGAUAUUUGUAAGAGAUUUUCACUUUUCGUACCAGUGGAUAUAUUUUUGCUUUUAGAAAUAUUGUGUGAUUUGAAAUGUAUUUCCCUAAUUCAUAUACACAGAUCCGAAGUCGACAUAUUUUCAAAUUAUGAAAAUAUCAAGGAAAAGAGUGUUUCAUUUGUAUAUGAUCCAGAAAAUACAUAUGUUAAAUCUUGUGGAGACGCUACAAUGCGUUUGUCCUUAUUUAUUGGGGAUAAAAAAUACACAACCGAAUUAAUUUAGAAAUGUUUGUUCAUCGAAAUUGUUAAUUAUUAACAUAUACGUUAAAUAAUAAUUCUUUUAUUUAUAACUUUGGAUCAAAUCUAGGUAAAUUUUUACUUAAAAAAUAUGAAUAAAUUUCUAACAUUGAA